AUGAGUGACGAAUGGUUCGGCAAUGCGGCGAAUCCCACCGCCAUGGACCCGUCUCCCUUUGACACUUUCGCUUUCCACUUUUCCCCUCUGCCCGAUGAGGUCCAGAACCCCCUGAUGGCCUCGUCGGAUCCUACCCAUGUCGCCUGCGAGAAUCCUUCCAAUCCGAGCUUCUCUCACCAUCACCCCAUGGAUGCCUCCCUGGCCCUCUCCAUGUCCACUUUGCCGCCCACGUUGAAGACCCAGCCCGAUCGUCGUAGGUCAAGUUUGUGCCUCUCCGAGACGGACGAUGGAGUCCCCGACAGUUCGCCCGCGAGCAACUCUCAAUUCGAUCCUCUCUCCGAUGAGUUUGACCUCCACGACUACCGUCGCGCCGAUCGCAUCCAUCUCGCCGGUAAGAAAGUCGACAAUUCUGAUGUUCCGCCAGCCUGGACCGAACUCAAGACCAAGGCCGGCAAGGAGCGUAAGCGCCUGCCGCUCGCUUGCAUCGCUUGUCGUCGCAAGAAGAUUCGCUGCUCCGGCGAAAAGCCGACUUGCAAGCACUGUCUGCGGUCUCGGACAGUAUGCGUCUACAAGGUGACGUCCCGCAAACCCGACCGUCGCCCAGACCACGCGACCUUGCUCGACAAGCGCCUCAAACGAAAUGAGGAGUCCGCCAUCGAGGCCAUCCCCGAGGCAGACCAGGACGACCCGUCUACCAUGGCGUGCGCUGUCGUCAAGCCGUCGAUUCCGACCUCGAGCGCAGCCGACGAAUCCUUGCCCAAGAAGCGCCGUGAGGUGGAGGCCUUCGGUCCAAGCUCCGAAGCCUGGGCCAAGGUCCCUUGCAAGUCAAUGGUCACUGGAGGGCAAGACGAAGGAUCGCUCCCCGAUGACCAGCAAGAGGAUGAGGAACGCAAACUCUCCGACGAAGGAAAAGAGGCUCUGCCAUCCGAGGGCGUCCAGGAACACCUCGCCGAAGUCUUUUUCGAUAAUCUAUACGGUCAAGCGUACCACCUGCUCCACAAACCAACCUUCAUGCGCAAGUUAAAUGGACGGCGAGCCGCAACGGAGAAUGGCGGGCGGUCUACGGCCGAGCCCAGGGACAACAUGGACGCCGCCGCUUAUACUAUUCGCUCCAUUGCCACUUGGGGUCGUCUCGUGGCCCAUGUCAACGAGGAAGGGAGAGAGACGGAUCCUCAUCCCAUCUGGAGCCCCGAGUCCCGCUAUGCGACUCUCGAGCAGGGCAUCGAUGACUUCGUCGCCGGCUUGCCUCCCCGGUUCCAAUACUCUGCCAAGAAUUUGGAUCUCGAAGUGGGCGAGAAGACGAGUCAUGAGGGGCUCGAGGUACCAAAGGACUUUCUGUCGCGCGUUAGGGCGCGCACUUUCACGGCCGCCAACCGAGUGUCGGACAUUCUCCGGGAUGCGGAAGAAUCCCGCUGCAGCGUUCCAGCACCAUUCGCGGGAUACUGUGCCUUCUCUUCCACGGCCGUCCACAUCUCCAACAUCUUCACGGGAAAUCCGGCCUCAAGGGCCACGGCGGAGGCCAAUGUCGACGUCAACAUGAGAUUCCUGCGAAAAAUGAUCAAGUUCUGGGGCAUUUUUCACUGGAUGGUGCAUGACAUUCGAUCUCGGUAUCGAAAUGCCAUGAGUGCAUCCCGCUCGGGCGGAGCGGCAGGCGACGAUCCCACAACUUCUGCCAUGAUCCAAUACAGUGACUGGUUUGACAGGUACCCCCACGGGCUCAUGGAUUCCGACUUUUCAGAAAUGGGUAUGCAGACGGAGGAGGAGAGUGGUGCAGAUGGUGUUGCCGACGAACAGUGCAACCCGUUGUCAGUUGACGAGUUCUCCACCAUAAUCUCGCCGUCACAUUGCCUGGAGGGUCGAGACGAGCACCGGAUGGGUGCGUCGAGAAAGAAGCAAGUAUAUAGGAAGUUGAACGAGGUGCCAACGACGUGCAUCGGCAGGCGUCAUAGUUCUGGCCAAGUGGGAGUUCGGCCACCACCAACAAGGAAAUCAUGGUCGUCUUCGAAACGAGGACUGUCGAAUAGGCCAGGACCGGCCAACUUCAGCCCUCUGGCUGCAAAGCCCCAGUUCCCAUUCCAGUCGCCAAUCAGCCCUAUACAAGCCAGUCACAGCCUCUAUCCACAAGGGCAGUUGAACCGGAGCCACUUUCUGCCCAAUGAACUGCCGUUUGUGGAUGUCACCCGGCAGCCCAAUGGUCAUGCUCCAUCCCUCCAUCGACAGCUCUCCUUUGAUAGUCUGGUGAUGAAUCCUGCUGGUAUUCCGAACACCAUGGACUACGACAUGGACGCGUGGAGUGGUUUGCCCGGCAAACGAGGCACCGGUGAGGGACAGCAGAUCAAGAUGGAGCCAGAUGAGCACCGCUCCCUGCGGGGGGCUGGUGACAUGGUGCCGGGUGAACGUGAUGUGUUCGACGGACAGAACCCAGGCGGUUGGACCGUGCCGUUCGAAAUGAAUAAUUCGGCAGCAGACCAGAGCAUGGGCAUCGGGGGCACUAUUCUCGACCCCUUCAACAAUAUCGCCUGUGGUGGGCUGAUGAUGACACCGAGCCAGCUGGACUGGAAGCCAUGA